AUGACUGAACCAAGUGCAAAGCAAGCGCCUUUCCGGCCGCAAGAUCACCUCCAGCCAUUCCCCCCACUGUCACCAACACCAUCCGAACCAUUGAAACAACCAACCCCUCCCAAUCAAGAACCCUCGCCGACCCAGAAUGGAACAGCCCACACCAACAAACAACCCACCAACUCCUCAACCAGCGACGAAACAAUCCCCCCUCUCCCAAUCGUGAUAGCACGCAUCCACGCCCGCGUCCAAGCCUUCCUAAAUGAACCCCACGCCCCAGACACGCUGCUAGCCUCGGUCCAACGACAAACGCGCAUCUCGCUAGAAGUAGUCAGCACCGCGCUGCAACGAUACAAACUCUCGGAACUCUCUGUCUCCUACAACGGCGGCAAGGACUGUUUAGUCCUGCUAAUUCUGUUUCUGGCCGGCUUGCAUCCGACCCGCGCCCGCAAUGACUCACACCCCACCACCGAAACCGAAACCGAAACGACAAACGCAAAUGCAAAUGAUACAACCGCCUCCCCCGCAGACCUCGACGCAGAGGCCCAAAUAGCCGCUGCGACAGUCAUCCCGGCGAUCUAUGCGCUCCCGCCUGAUCCCUUCGAUGCAGUCGAGGACUUCGUCGUCUCCUCUGCGGAAGCAUAUCAUCUCGCUAUUACAAAGUACACUACUGCGCCGCCGGAUUCGACGCUCCGAUCGAGCUUUGAGGAUUAUCUGGCGCGACACCCUGGGAUCCGGGCGAUAUUUGUUGGUACGCGGCGGACGGAUCCGCAUGGUGCGCAGCUAACGCACUUUGAUCGGACGGAUGGGGGUGGCCGGAUUUUGUGCGCGUGCAUCCAGUCAUUGAUUGGCAUUAUGCGGAGAUCUGGGCGUUUAUUCGGCAUCUGGAUUUGA